AGUAAAAAAGGCGAUCCGCCAAAGCACCAAGAAGAACUUGAGAGGAGAAGAGUUAGAACUUUAACAGAGAAAGGAACAAAUAUCUACGAAGUUAAUAGAAACAAACUUUUCGAAAAAGUUGAACAUGUUUGGACACACAUUGAGAACUUGAUUAUAGACAAUGACAAGUGUGAACUAAGUGACAUAAGAAAAUUAGAAGUAGAAAUUAAAACAAAAUUUCAUGAAUUUGUUCUAAACAACAACGAUUAUACCGACUUUUUAUCACGUGAGAACACCACGGCAUCAAAUGAAGAUUUAAUCAAGAAUACUACAUACUUUCUAAAAUGCAAGAAGAUUAUCGACACUUUUCUUGAGAAGCUGCGUUCUCAAAAGUUAGACAUUAUUGAAGUGGCUAGUGCAAGUUAUUCAAGUCGUGUUUCAGUUGCGUCGAAGAAGAGAGUUGAAGCAGAGGUACAUCAAUCUAAAUUGUUAUUUAAGAAAAAAGAAGCGGAAGUUCUUCGCAAAAAAGCAAUGAUUAAAGAAGAGUUAGAUCGAACUGUAGCUAGAACACUGAGACAAAAUACUGAACUUGAAGUAGAUCUGGAUAUUAUUAAGUUAGAAAGUGAACAUGCAGUUGCGAUUAAAGAACUACAAGCAUUAGAAGAUACAUGUAACUACAAUGAGGAUGGAUUUAGUGUUGUCGAUAGGAAAGAAUUCACGGAACGAUACAUUGACGAAUUACAGGAAACGAGCACUAUGCGUACACCGUCACCGCUUAAGCAUCAGCAUUUUCAACCUACUCCAAAAGUUGACCUGCAUCAAUACAGUGUUUCAAUAGACAAACAUAGUGUAAAUAAUACAGGAGUGUAUACCCACAUGAACAAGGUAGAGCCUCCUCAUCCACAGCAAAUAUUGACAAGUGAUAACAUAACACAGCCAAAUUGUUAUAAACAAUAUAGUUCUAUGUUAAAUCCAAAUGCAACACCAUUUAAUGAAAAAGACAAUAAAAUUAUUCAUGGUCUUUCCCAAUUUCUUCUUAAAAAGGAUCUGCAACUAAGUAGACUAACUCAUUUUGAUGAUAAACCCGAAACAUUUCUGUCAUGGAAGGCAAGCUUUAAUAAUAUUGCCAGCUCUUUAGAGCUCUCUCAUCAUGAGGAAAUUGAUCUAUUAGUUAAAUAUCUAGGACCAGAGUCGCGUAAAUUCGCAAAUAGAUAAAAGGCUUCAA